AUGAACUUAGUUCUCUUAAAGCUCUUUGCGUUAUUCUGCGCAAUUUCUGUGUUUGCCAAACCUCCUGCGCUGCCUAGGAGGCCUGGCCAGUCGAUUGUCGCGAGACAAGAGCAGACCAAUGGCCGUCAGAAUGUCGUGACAUGGGACAAAUACUCCAUUUUCAUCAACGGGAAACGCGUCAUGCUCUUCAGCGGAGAAGUUCAUCCCUACCGGAUCCCAGUGCACAGCUUCUACCUCGACAUUUUCCAGAAGAUCAAGUCCAUGGGUUUCAAUGCUGUUUCUUUCUACGUCUUCUGGGGCAUCAUUGAACCAAAGCGCGGCGAUAUAUCUUUUGAAGGGUUCCGUGACUUGCAACCUUUCUUUGAUGCCGCCCAGAAAGCUGGCCUCUAUCUGAUUGCCCGACCAGGUCCCUACAUCAACGCAGAGACGACAGGUGGUGGCUUCCCGGGGUGGGGCACAUAUACUCCAGGAAUUUGGAGAACCUCAAACACCACCUACAUCGAGGCAUAUCAGGGCUACAUCAAGGCAGUUGGUGCUGUAAUUGCCAAGAAUGAAAUCACGAAAGGAGGGCCGGUCAUUUUGGUUCAAUCCGAGAACGAGUACAGUGGGUGGGCGGCGCCAUAUAGCGAGGAUUUCGUGUAUGAGGCUAGGCUCAUGCAAGAUAUUAUCGACAGUGGUAUUACUGUUCCAAUCAUUACCAAUGAUGCAUGGCCCGGAGGUCACUACACAAUGGUCGAUAUCUACGGCUACGACUCCUACCCCAAUGGAUUCGACUGCUCGCGUCCUUACACUUGGGCCUCUGGUGCUGUUCCGGAAUGGUUCUGGGGUGCCCAUAUGCAAUACACCCCGAACAUCGCCAACGCCGUAUACGAAUUCCAGGCUGGCGCUUUUGACGGAUGGGGUGGAUCUGGCUAUCCUACGUGCGCGAUUCUUACUGGACCAGAGUUUGAAAGAGUUUUCUACAAGAAUGAAUACGCCAUGUCGACAACAGUUUUGAAUUUGUAUAUGAUACAUGGUGGAACGAACUGGGGAGGAAUUGCGCAUCCAGGUGUUUACACCUCUUACGACUACGGCUCGGCUAUAGCAGAAGAUCGUACCUUGCGCGAGAAGUACUACGAACUCAAGCUGCAAGCCAACUUCUUGGCAGUCUCUCCCGCAUACCUCACGACAAGGCCCAUAAACAUCGGCAGCUCGCAAGGCUCCUUCACUGGAAACUCUGCCUUGAAGACGACCCAAGUGUUAGACGAGGUUGGCGGUAAGACUGGAUUCUACGUCGUCAGGCAUAUCGUUUUUCUUCGCUUCCUCCAUGAGCUCUUCAACCUCGGUACUUUGGCCAUCCCGACGCUUGGCGGUUCUCUUGCGCUCAAUGGCAAGGAUUCUAAGAUUCAUGUAGUUGAUUACGCUGCCGGAUCUACGACACUCGUUUACUCGACUGGCGAGAUUAUGACCUGGGCAACCAUCGACGGACGAGAUAUCAUUCUCCUUUACGGCAGUGAGGGAGAGCUGCAUGAGACUGCAAUUAAGUUCGAGGGCUUAACCGCACCUACUGUCACGGUUGUUUCUGGUUCUGCGACGAUCAAGCAGAAGGUCCUCGAUGGUGGCGCUUUGGCUCUGCAAUACACUACCACAGGCCAAUCAGUCGUGGACGUUGGAAGCACUCGUCUCUACAUCCUUGAGCGAGGCGAGGCUUACCAGUUCUGGGUCCUUCACCCACCAACAUCCGGUCCUUAUGCGGCCUACAACACCGAGAACUCAAUUAUUAUUAAGGGAGGCUACCUCCUUCGCUCGGUCAACAUCAACGGUCGUACCCUAGCAAUCACAGGAGACCUCAACAACACUGCAAACUUCGAGAUCAUUGCUCCAACUGCAGCUUCCAAUAGGGUUACCUUCAACGGAGCUCCUUUGGCCCUCUCCAAGACUUCGUACGGCACUUUGACUGCGAGGAGGGCCGCCACCUUGCCGCCUGUGUCUAUUCCAGACUUGUCUUCUCUCUCAUGGAAAGCUGCGAACAGCUUGCCCGAAAUUGCUUCUACGUAUUCCGACGAUGUAUGGACUGUAGCUGACCUUAUAACCACUGACAAUCCUUCUGGUCUUGCGACGCCCGUCGUCCUUUACUCUGGCGAAUACGGCUACCACACCGGGAACAUCCUCUGGCGGGCCCACUUCACCGCGACGGGCUCCGAGACUGGUUUCAGAGCCCGAGUUAUAGGCGGAGCUGCCUUCGCUUAUUCCGUCUGGCUCGAUUCCACUUUCAUCGGCUCCUGGGAAGGAAAUGCGCCACGCAAUGAGUUUGAAGGCACUUUCAACUUCCCAGCGACGUUGGUGGCAGGUUCCAACCAUAUCAUCACCCUUCUUCAGGACCACAUGGGCUAUGAAGAGGAUUGGGUUGCUGCUAGCGAGACCUUCAAGGCGCCACGAGGGCUUUUGAGCUACUCGUUCAUCGGAAGCUCGACUACGACGGUCACGACUUGGAAAGUAACAGGUAACCUCGGCGGCGAGGAUUACAUUGACAAAGUUCGCGGAGCACUCAACGAGGGUGGUCUAUUCGCCGAAAGACAGGGAUGGCACUUGCCUGGGUUCAACGAUGCGUCUUGGGAUUCAGGAUCGCCGACUGCUGGAAUCUCUGCCCCUGGCGUCAGUUUCUACAGGACUAAAUUCAAUCUGAACGUGCCCAACGGUGUUGACUAUCCCUUGGCACUCGUCACUACGAACUCCACGACCAACCCGCACUUCCGGGCUCAGUUCUACGUGAAUGGCUAUCAGUUUGGAAAAUACAUCAACCACAUUGGUCCACAGAAAUUGUUUCCCGUCCCCCAAGGUGUCCUCAAUUACAAGGGUGAGAACACUUUGGCUGUUUCUCUCUGGGCCACAGGAUCCGAAGGAGCGAAGCUCGAUUCCUUGAACCUACAGUUGACGGCCAGAGUGGAGAGCAGCAUGCAACCUGUCGUCAACAUUCCGACUCCCGCUUGGGCACCUCGCCCUGGUGCAUACUAA